CCCGUCGCGGCCACGCUCUCCUCCCACCCACCAUAGCCAUCGCGCUCCAUCGCGCGCCGGCCCGUCGGCGUCUAUAACAACCCGCCGAUCGAUUCACCACGCAGGAAAACAAAAAGCUACCUCGCCACCAGUUCUUAGAUUUUUUCUUUUCCUCCAUUCCAUGUGUAACAGAAGCAUGGAGCAACACCACAUCGACCCUGCGGCCGACGAGAGAGGCACGGCCUCCGACGCCGGUCCGGUGGAGCAGGAGGAGCGCGCGGGGACGUCCGGCGGCGCGGUGGACGCCUCAAGGAGGCCACUGGCGCCGUCGUGGGAGGCGGAGAACAAGAACAAGAACAAGAAGAGCGCCGGGGAGCUGUCGAGACGGCCUGCGGCGGCUGCAGAGGAGAGCGCCCGGGAGCGGCUGAAGCGGCACCGGACGGAGAUGGCGGGCCGGGUCCGGAUCCCGGACAUGUGGGGGCAGGAGAGGCUGCUCAACGACUGGGUCGUCGACUGCGCCGUCUUCGACCGCCCGCUCGCCGCCACGCGCGGCCUGCUCACCGCGCGCGACGCGCUCGUCGCCGAGUGCGCCGCCGCGCGACGGACGACGCACGGGCACGGCGCCACUGCGCGGCCGCUCCGGGUGCAGAACGGCUGCUCUUGAGUCUUGAUUCUUCAUUUUGAGACGAGUCUUUCGUCAAUCUCCACUCAAAACGUAGCUAAUCGAUCGACCGGACUACGAACAUGAGAAUAUUAUAGGUGUCAGGUCGUACUUGAUUGUUGUGCUGUUCUUGUUGUGUACUGGUGGAUGUAAUUAGUCGCUUGAUCACCAUUGCGGCAGGUUCCGACGUUCUUGAGCAAAAUUAAUACUACUUCGUACUAUA